GUAGAUUUGUAUGACGCUCCAAUGCGGGUUUUGGACCUCAAUUCAACCAUACAACAUAACCCGCCACAAUGCCUCCUAGACUGACGCUCUUCACGGCCCGGUCGUUGGCUUUUCGGUCGAGGCCCUCAAGACCUCAGAAACGAUUUUCUCCCUCUCCCUCGGCCAUCCAGCAGCGGCUAGCGAGUGACGAUGCCUCGACGAAGAAACCAGCAGUCACCCCAGUCGCCCCUGGGACGGAGGUGGGCAAUGAGGACCAGCUCCCGCACGUAACAGAAGAACAAGCCGCGAUGGACAAGUCUAUGGGAAACACACCGCCCGACAUCGAGCAGGGCACGCCGGUGCAAGAGAUCCUCCAGCGAGACAAAGAGGCCCAAGAGAAAGCGCCCAAAGUCCUCAAGGAAGACAUCAAGAGGUCUUCUGCACCAUCCGGCACACGAUCGUUCUCCACAAGCGCACGACGACCUGUAGAAACACAAGCACAAGGACAAGAGCUGGCCCAGUUCAGAGGAACAGAGAUAAUCGGCCUCGAGUACCCGGACGCUGGAUUCGGACAUAAAUUCGCCCUCCCAGAUAUACGAUCGAUGACGAAGCUGGACAACUUCAAGAAACGCUAUGAUCCGGUCGUGGAUCAAGUCACCAAGAGCAUUAUGAGAGAUGGGAAGCUGAGCAAGGCACAAUCUAAUAUGGCCGCUAUCCUCGACACUCUACGUACCGCGCCCGUCCCAUCCACAUCCGCCACCGACCGCGCGCUGCUCGUGGACGUACCUCGUGAAGCCCUGCCUCUCGAACCGGUCAAGUAUCUGACCGCUGUGAUCGACAGUGUCGCCCCGCUCGUCAAGAUCCGCCAGCAAAAAGGUCUCCUGGGAGGCGGUGCAUCCAUGCCCAUCCCCGUGCCGCUCAGUCUGCGCCAGCGUCGACGCGCGGCGAUCCAAUGGAUCCUGACUGCCGCGGAGAGCCGAAGAGAGUUGGCGCUGUCCGAGCGCGUGGCCAAGGAGAUCAUCAAUGUGGCCGAGGGGAGGAGUGGCGCCUGGGAACGAAGACAACGUGUGCAUAAAUUGGCGAUCAGUGCCAGGGCAAACAUUAAGGCCGGAAUGAGUGGAAGAAGAAUUAAGAGAAAGAAAUGAUCAGUGGGCCUCAGUUGAGGACUUGGGGAAGAGAUUCGAUCAGUGAAAUGGGAAUGUCACGUCGUGAAGAGUCUGAGAUAGCUCUUACACAGAGACAGCGAACGGAAAUGCCCCAGAUGAGAGGGUCGGCAGCAGUCUGCCUCCAGCCCGUCAAAAAAACGAUGAUCUUCCGCCGUGAAGACUACUGUGUAGUAUUGUAUAUAAAGGAGAAUCAAAAGGACGUAUAACCAAAUCCAAAUAUCCAUCCGUCUUGAACUCAGCAG